AUGGAGGAGUCGAGCGAGAGGCUUGUCCGGUUAGAACAACACCAUGAGAUGCCACACGGAGAGACCACGACGGUAGAUGACUUGGUUAUCCAAAUAACCACACAAGACCUGGCACUAACACUAGCCGAGAUAUACGAGCGCAUGGUGGUAGAUGUGGAGGAGUUGUUAAUAAGAGAUACCUUCCUCUCAUACAACAACAACACACCACCCCGAUACUCAGACUUCGUUGGUUUCCCGGAAGAGGAAUGUCAACGACCACGGCCAGCUCUUUGUAAGGCUAGACGGAGUCGUGAUCCUCCGCCUCGAGUGUCUAAAAGAUUCUCGCAGGUGUCUCAACCGGUUUAUCUCCGACAUAGGUUUCUGCCACAGUCACGUAAAGACUCUUCUUCUUCUCGACACCAACGUUAA